GCCGGCACAGCCGCACUCUUCCUCCCAAGGCUCGCGCCCACCGCGUGGCGACAGCCGCAUAACCGCAUCCUGGCCACCGAGCCCCCACGUAACUGUCCCCGGUGCUCGCCGGCUCGCCGCCACCGCCCAGCCAGCAGUAGCCCAGUGCAGUGCCGCCUCAUGGCCGCGCGCGCGCCGCUCGCCAUGCUUCACGCCGCCGCCAGCGCCAGCCCGCGACCGGCCGCGGCACCCGUGGCCACGCGCCCAGCCGCGCCGUGCCUUCGCGCGAGGGGCACGGGCGGCGUCCCCAUCAUCUACCACCAGCGGCCAGCGCAGCGGACCCGCAGCCUCCUCCUUCCUGCCGCCAGGCCUGGAGCCAUCGGGAGCGCCGCGGAGGCCGCGCCGGCGGAGGGGCUGGCGCAGAAGCUGCAGGGGGUGGAGGUGUUCGACCUGAGCGGCAAGGCGGUGCCCAUCGUUGAUCUGUGGAAGGACAGGAAAGCCGUGAUCGCGUUUGCCCGCCAUUUCGGGUGUGUGCUGUGCCGGAAGAGGGCCGAUCUUCUUGCGGAGAAACAGGAUGUCAUGCAAGCUGCUGGAGUUGCUCUUGUUUUAAUUGGACCAGGUAGUGUUGAACAGGCAAAUGCAUUUUGUGAGCAAACCAAAUUCAAAGGAGAAGUAUAUGCAGACCCAACUCACUCAUCAUACGACGCUCUUGAAUUUGCAUUUGGGUUGUUCUCAACCUUUACACCAGCGGCUGGCCUCAAGAUAAUACAGUUGUAUAGGGAAGGAUACAGGCAGGACUGGGAAUUGUCAUUCGAAAAGAACACCAGGACGAAAGGGGGAUGGUAUCAAGGGGGACUACUUGUUGCAGGUCCUGGUAUCGACACCAUCUUGUACAUCCACAAGUCCCUCCGCUCGAAGCUCCGCCCCGACGCCUCCAUCCUCGCCACCCUCCGCUCCCUCGCCUCCGCCUCCGCCUCCUCCUCCAAGUCCAAGGCCGCCGCCAAGUUCCUCGCGGACCACGACCCCCCCGAUGACCCCACCUCCUCGUACAUCGUGGUGGCCGACCAGGACUCCGCCUCCGUCACCUCCCGCAUCAACCGCCUCGUCCUCGCCGCCGCGCGCAGCAUCCUCUCCGGCCGGGGCUUCUCCUUCGCGGUGCCCUCCCGCGCCGCCUCCAACCAGGUCUACCUCCCGGACCUCGACCGCAUCGUGCUCCUCCACCGCGAGUCCGCGCGCCCCUUCGCCAACGUCGCCACCGCGCGCAAGGCCACCGUCACGGCCCGCGUCCUCUCCCUCGUCCACGCCGUCCUCCGCAGGGGCAUCCACGUCACCAAGCGUGACCUCUUCUACACCGACGUCAAGCUCUUUGGCGACCAGUCCCAGUCCGAUGCAGUCCUCGACGACGUCUCCUGCAUGCUCGGAUGCACUCGGUCCUCGCUCCAUGUCGUCGCCUCCGAGAAGGGCGUCGUCGUCGGCCGCCUCGUCUUCGCCGACGACGGGGACCGGAUCGACUGCACGCGCAUGGGUGUCGGUGGGAAGGCCAUCCCGCCCAACAUCGACAGGGUCUCGGGCAUCGAGAGCGACGCGCUCUUCAUCCUGCUGGUGGAGAAGGACGCUGCGUUCAUGCGCCUCGCCGAGGACAGGUUCUACAACCGCUUCCCCUGCAUCAUUCUGACGGCGAAGGGGCAGCCGGAUGUCGCCACCCGGCUGUUCCUGCGGCGGCUCAAGGUGGAGCUGAAGCUGCCGGUGCUCGCACUGGUGGACUCUGAUCCAUAUGGGCUCAAGAUCUUGUCAGUGUACAUGUGUGGUUCCAAGAACAUGUCCUAUGACAGUGCCAAUCUGACGACGCCAGACAUCAAGUGGCUAGGGGUCCGGCCGAGCGACCUGGACAAGUACAGGGUGCCAGAGCAGUGCCGUCUCCCCAUGACCGAUCACGAUAUCAAGGUGGGGAAGGAGCUGCUCGAGGAGGACUUUGUGAAGCAGAAUGAGGGCUGGGUGAAGGAGCUGGAGACGAUGCUGCGCACCAGGCAAAAGGCUGAGAUACAGGCCCUCAGCUCCUUUGGGUUUCAGUACCUCACCGAGGUCUAUCUGCCUCUCAAGCUGCAGCAGCAGGACUGGAUUUGAUAUUUGAGUACUCUUCGAUGCAGAUAUCGGUGAUUUCUUUUGCCAAGACUGUCUUCUACCCAGAAUUUGCAAGGAUCUAAUUGACAUGAGUGGAGACCUCUAACUAGUUGAUUCUUAAGUUGAUUCUUACCAGCACCCUUGUAUCACUUGUGUAUUUGAACAUCAGCUGUCGUGUUAUGUAUUUCUGCUGGAGACUAUUCAUGGAACAAUUGCUGCCAGAGAUGUACUCGACUGGAAGUUCGUAUCACAGUAGUGAAAUUCAUACUUCACGUGUCUUUGGAAACAAAGUA